UGUCUAACUAACUAGUUAACUGAGGCUUUGAGUAGAUAAAACAGUCAUACUUGCUCCUGCCAGCCCCGCGACGAUGGCGCGCCUAGAUCACGUGAUGCUACCACAUAGCCCUCAAAAAAGUACAGCGAAUUUGGCAAUCGCGCUAAGGACCCCUCCCCUUUGACUCAUCGGAAUCGCAACGAAGACCAGCGCGCGCUGUGCCAGACCUCUUCUGGUCGCUUCUUCAGUCAAUCUUGCACAAUGGCGGUCAUAUACAUCGACGAGGAGAGAGGCAUUGAUGCGCCUGAGACUCAGGGCACUGAGGCCGCGCCCUUCAAGAGUCUGCAGGAAGCAUACCUCGUGCGCGGGGCCGAUAACGAGUACCAGGUGAAGAAGAAGGGCGAGGAGGAGUACAAACCCGCGGCUAGCUCCGCUCUGAAGAAGGCCGUUAAAUACGCAGAUGUCCAGCGCAAGAAGCGUGAACAAGCGGCCAAGCAAGCCGAGAAGAAAGCGGAAGAAGAGGCUGCGCGUGAGGCUAUCCUGGAACAGGCCAAGAACAUCAAGAUUUCGGAGGACGAGUCGCUACCCAAGGCCGUUCUCAUCAACAUCGCAGAGACGGAUCCCAAGGUUAUCGGAAAACUGCGCAAGAACAAGGAUGAGCCCAAGGAGGGAGUUGUGCGCGUGCGAGUUCAGGGACGUGUCCAGCGUUUGGCCAAGCAGGGUGGACUUAUCUUCAUCACGCUGCGUCGUGGACUGAACCUGAUGCAGUGCUUGCUUUCCGGUCAGCUUUCUAAGACAUACGAUGCCCUGACCCUCACCCGUGAUACUUCGAUCGAGAUUUUUGGAGAGCUUUUUGAGGUCCCAGCUGGCGCUCACGCUCCUCUCAACCGAGAGCUGCACGCUGAUUACUUUAGAAUCAUCGCCAAAGCUCCUGGAGGAGAUGACGCUUUGGCGACCCGGGUGCCUGAGGACGGUGACCCCCACACACUGCUUAACCUGCGCCACCUUACUCUGCGUCAUGAUAAGCCCAGCGCUGUUAUGUACGUCCGUGACGUUCUGGAGUCUGCUUUCAACACUUCCUACAGAGAACUUGCGAUCAAGAAGGUCAGCCCGCCGGCUCUCGUGCAGACUCAAGUCGAGGGUGGUGCUACACUGUUCAAGCUCGACUACUAUGGUGAGACUGCCUACUUGACUCAGUCCAGCCAGCUUUACCUCGAGACUGUCCUUCCUGUUCUGGGAGACGUAUACUGCAUUGAAAAGUCUUUCCGUGCUGAGAAGUCCCUGACCCGUCGCCAUCUCUCUGAAUACACACACAUCGAAGCGGAACUCGACUUCAUCACCUUCGAUGACCUCCUCGCACAUCUCGAACACCUCAUCUGCCGGGUUAUCGAUUUGACAUUUGAGGACCCUGUCGCCGCUGAGCUUAUCAAGAAAUACAACCCCGAAUUUAAGAAGCCUGCCAGACCAUUCUUGAGGAUGCGGUAUGCGGAUGCCAUUAACUGGCUGGUUGAGCACGGUAUUAAGCGAGAGGACGGCAACGACCACGAAUUUGGUGAUGACAUUGCCGAAGCUGCCGAGCGCAAGAUGACCGACGAAAUCAACCGCCCUAUUUUCCUCACUCACUUCCCCGCGGAAAUCAAGUCUUUCUACAUGCAGAGAGCCGACGACGACAAGCGUGUUACAGAGUCUGUUGACGUCUUGAUGCCUGGUGUCGGUGAAGUGGUCGGAGGUAGUAUGAGAACCUGGGACUACGAUGAGCUCCUGGCCGCCUACAAGCGCGAGGGCAUCGACCCCAGCGGCUACUUCUGGUACUUGGACCAGAGAAAGUAUGGAUCCAGCCCUCACGGAGGUUACGGUUUCGGUGCUGAGAGAUUCCUGGCCUGGCUCAUGAAGCUCUGGACCGUCCGUGAAGCGUGCCUGUACCCGCGUUUCAUGGGCAGAUGCACCCCUUAAACGAACAAGGCAAGACAAAAAAAAAGCAAGAUGAACCAAAGGCACUACGAUGUUAUGAUGCUUAGAUAUGCGUUUAUCGAAAGAAAUAUUAGAAAGUUUCAAAACCCUUGCAUGGGGCCUUAUCGUCGAUGAAGUUGUCCUAUGACAUUUCCUUCCUUGACCGGAUUUCUUUUCGGGAUCCCAGGUCUCUGAUGUCGUAUUUUAUCAACAUACAGUAGUAAGACAUGCUACUAGGAACAGUAAGAUAUAUCAAUGUGAUUCAUGGUUGUAAUGUGCUGUGAUCCCUAGUUAGAA